GAUGUAUGUUCUGUUACUGUUGAACAUUGGUCCACCCACUUACAACGCCAGGAAAGCUCAGCCAACAAUAUGUCUAAAUAUAAACUUAUUAUGUUAAGACAUGGGGAGGGUGCUUGGAAUAAGGAGAACCGCUUUUGUAGCUGGGUGGACCAGAAACUUAACAGCGAAGGACUGGAGGAGGCUCGGAACUGUGGGAAGCAACUCAAGGAGCUCAACUUUGAGUUUGACCUUGUCUUCACGUCCAUCCUGAAUCGGUCCAUCCACACAGCCUGGCUCAUCCUGGAAGAGUUGGGGCAGGAGUGGGUCCCCGUGGAGAGCUCCUGGCGUCUUAAUGAGCGUCACUAUGGAGCCUUGAUUGGUCUCAAUAGGGAGAAAAUGGCUUUGAAUCACGGCGAAGAACAAGUGAGGCUCUGGAGAAGGAGCUACAACGUGACCCCGCCUCCCAUCGAGGAGUGCCACCCUUACUACCACGAGAUCUACAAUGACCGACGGUACAAAGUGUGCGACGUGCCUGUGGAUCAGCUGCCCAAAUCGGAAAGCUUAAAGGAUGUUCUGGAAAGGCUCCUUCCCUACUGGAACGAGAGGAUUGCUCCCGAAGUAUUAAGUGGCAAAACCAUUCUGAUAUCUGCGCAUGGAAAUUCCAGUAGAGCACUCCUGAAGCAUCUGGAAGGUAUCUCAGAUGAAGACAUCAUCAACAUCACUCUCCCGACUGGUGUCCCAAUCCUCUUGGAACUGGAUGAAAACCUGCAUGCCAUCAGGCCUCACCAGUUCCUGGGCAACCAAGAGGCAAUUCAGGCGGCCAUUAAGAAAGUGGAUGAUCAAGGAAAAGUGAAACGAGCCGCUGCCAAAUAA